AUGCAGAGACCUACUUCGGGAGGCUCGCAGCAACAUCAAACAGAUCAUCAUGCUGCUUCGGGAUCAUCAGAGAACUCUAUUACCUACGAAGAGAAUAUAAUCUAUGAAAAAUUAAAAAAUAGUGGAGAAUUGGAACGAUUAAAGGAAUUAUUAAAGACUAGAUUACAUCAAAACGGAUGGAAUGAUAUUAUUUCUUCCGCUUUCCGAGAAAGCAUGGAAGAGCGAGAGCUCGCAGAAUUAUCAGUACCAAGUAUUGUUCACGAUUUACUUCCUAUUGCUCGAUCUAAAAUACCCGACAGCGUUAAAUACGAAGUUGUCCAACAAAUUCAACUUUUUCUUGAAAAAGAUCAAGACUACUCUGAAUUGUACAGUACACCACCAUUACCGACCACUCCCAAAAAGUAG